UCCAGAGAAAAACCCAGCAGCAUCGUCUGAAGAAGGGUGAAACAUUUUUUGUUUCAAAGAAGAAAAAAAUGAAUCAAUUUUAUGCACUAUUCCUUGUCGCCUGUAUUGCAGCAAUGGCAAAUGCCUAUGAGGAGCCAGAUUUGGAUGCACUCGCCGAGUUCUGUGGAAAGGAAUCGAAUCGAAAGUACUGUGAUCAAAUUGCACAACUCGCCACUCAGCACGCAAUCGGUAUUAAUCAGGAGCAAGUCCGAAUGGAAAAGCGGAAGCCGUCGUUCGUCCGUUUCGGAAAACGUUCAGGAUACCCGCUGGUAAUUGAUGACGAGGAAAUGCGUAUGGACAAGAGAAAGCCAUCAUUUGUUCGAUUUGGAAGAAAGUAGAUAGAUAUGUCUUGUUGAUUAUUCUGGAAACAUCUUGGAUCUAUUUUUGAUCUCUCUCUCUCUCUCACACACAGCUGCUCACUACGUUUUCUUCUCGAUUGUUCCCAUCUAGAUUUCUGGCCCUCAUACCGUUCAUUCAUUCUUCUCUCCCAUCCCCUUACCCCUCUUCAACUUUUAUGGUAACCUGAGAAUUUGUGAAAAUCAAAAAAAAAUCAAGUUUUCAUGUUGAUAUGUGCAAUAAAAUGUGUUACAUGUG